UACUAAAUUCAAUAAGAAGCUGAGAUCCACCGACGAAAAUUAGAUCUCCUUUCUCCAUCACUGAAACCCCCCAUAACCGUAUAUCUCAAGCAAAAAUCCCCAAUUCCCCUUAUAAAACCAAAUCACCUUUCAUUCACCAAACUCCUUUGCAUUUCACAAGAAAACUCCUAAAAGUCCCCAACAAUGGCAGCCACCGCUCAAUCACCAGUAGCACUUCUCCCCGUUUCCAACCCCCAAACCAUCACCACCACAACCACCGACACCCAACAAACAGUCACAAAUGUAGGCCCCACACCUGCUCUCCGUUCAUUCAUCAACCGCAUGUCCGACACAAUCCAAUCUGGUCUCUCCAAUCGUCGUCCUUGGUCCGAACUAAUCGACCGUUCCGCUUUCUCGAAACCCGAAUCAAUCUCCGAUGCUACUCUCCGUAUCCGCAAAAACUACACAUACUUCCGUACUAAUUACCUUUCUCUCCUUGCCUUUGUCCUUGCCUUUUCCCUAAUCACAAACCCCUUUUCCCUUUUCCUUCUCAGCGCCCUUCUCGCCGGUUGGCUUUUCCUUUACCUUUUUCGGCCAUCAGAUCCACCGCUUGUUCUAUUCGGGAGACAGUUUUCUGAAAGGGAAACGCUUGGGGGUCUUAUUGUUUCGACUGUUGUUGUGAUUUUCUUGACGAGUGUUGGAUCUGUUCUUGUGUCAGCUUUGAUGGUUGGUGUUGGGAUUGUUUGUACACAUGCUGCUUUUAGAGCUCCUGAAGAUCUUUUCCUUGAUGAACAGGAGUCUCCUGCAACUGGGUUUCUUUCCUUUUUGGCUGCCCCUAACGCCGCCACCGGAGCCGCUAGGGUUUGAGUUUUGGAAUAAUAGCAUUUAAGUCCCUGAAUUAUAGGUAUUUUCUUGUUUUGGUCCUGAUGAUAUCUGAUGAAUCACAUUUAACCUUCUCAUUUAAUGGAAAUGCGUGUUUUUAGUCCAUUUAGGUAACAAGUAUGUUGUAUUUGAACUACUUUGCAAAGGGAUCAAAAGUGCAUAUUUCUAUUAAUUGAAGGUUAAAUGUGCUUAGUCAAAUAUUACAAGAAUCAAAAUAAUAAUUGAGGGAUCAAAAUUGCUAUUAACCCUUAUUCUUAUGAUGAAGGUAUUGAUAUUGAAGUCUAGUAGAUAAAAUAACGAUCAAAAUUAGAGGAUAUAUUCAGGUUGUUUGAUUGUUCUUUUUUGUUUUUUUGUAUUUUUCAUAUGGAAAUGUAUAAUCAGGAUCUGUUGGGGAUUUUGUUUCUGUAAUUUGACAUAUAAAGUGAUGUGAAAUCAUUGAUUGAUUCA